AUGCAGGACGUCGAGGACAAUGUGCCGUUCGAGGACCCUGGCGUUGCAGAGAGCGGCCCCUGUAAGCCUCAAACUCCAGGUUGGACCCAGAAGGACAAGAGCAUCCCUGAGGAUCCAGCCCCUCGAAAUCUGGUAGAUGUGGGUGACGAUGCUCCCAAACUGGGCAAUGAGGUUGGGAUGAAUCGUGAUUUCCACAAGGAAGAGAAGGCUUUACCUCCAAUAAGUCUGGAAGGCAAAGUCAAGGAGACAAUGCAUAAUGCCUUUUGGGAUCAUCUUAAAGAGCAGUUAUCAGCUACUCCCCCAGACUACACUUGUGCUCUUGAGCCUUUGAAAGAAAUUAAAGAGAUCUUGCUGUCGCUGCUCUUAGCACGCCAGAACUGCCUGAGAAGUGAGAUCAAGGAAGCUCUGAACACGGACCUCCUCAAGCAGGAAGCAGAACACGGAGCCCUGAACUUCCAUCACCUCUCCAAGUACACUCUCAACACAAUUGCUUUGCUGUGUGCUGCCAUCUUGACCCUCUCGUUAUCGAAUGCAGUGAUUCAGCGGCUCCUGGUAGGGAGCCCUCUCACUGGACCCCCUUUCACAGAAUCAGUGUUUUGUUUUUUCUGCAUCAGAGGGAUCUCCUGGGUCCUGGGCCUGAUGAAAAGGGACAGGAAAUACACCAUCCAGAGCCUUCAACCGCACCUGCAGGAACAUUCCAUCCAGUGUGAACGGGCUAAAUUCCAGCAACUCCCCAACAAACAGCAGAGCCCCCUCGGCCGCACCGUCAGAUGGCUGACCCGCGCAGCAGCAGACCUCCCGACGCUGCCUCCAGCUUGCCCUGAAGCUCCCGACCCUUGUGGGGUGGCCUGCCCCUCUCCAAAUGGGGCAGCCCACAGUCCCGAGCCCCUCAGCCCCACAAUGGUGCUGUCCCAGGGUUUCCUGAACCUUCUUCUCUGGGACCCCGACAAUGAAGAGUUCUCUGAGACGCUGCUGGUGAACAGAGCCCGGCUGCAGGAGCUGCAGUCCCAGCUGUUCUGCUUGACCGUCCUGGCAUCAGUCUUGCUGGUGACCAGUAGAUUCUCUGUCAGUGUUCUGUUUGGCUCCCCUCGGUCUGUGGAUGAGCUGAAAUGCAGAAUCAAAGCCUUCAUGGAGGAAUUUCAUUCUAGGCCUGAGGAGGCCAUGCUGGCUGUGAGUGAAUGGACAUCUCAGGAAAUCAACCAAAGCCUCGAGAACAUGGGCCUUGAUGCUCUUAGCAGUGACAACACAGCCUCUUUGAUGGGCCAGCUCCAGGACAUUGCCCACAAGGAGAGCUGUGUCCGCAGUGUCAUUGUGUCUUUUCCUGCUCACAGAUCAGCGGAUCCACUUGUUUCUCAAAUGCCAUUUGGUUCUCGGUGCGCAGCGCUCUCGCUCUCGGUUAGGCCUCCCCGGAGGCCUGACUCUCACUGA